AGAGGCUAGUGACACCGAUGAAAUAGAGUUUUGUAUGGUUUAAACUACCCUCCCUCUCUCUCUCUCUCUCUCUAUAAAAUGCACCAUGCACUGUAAUUAUUAUUUAAAUUUGAAGCACAGGAAAUCUGCAAUUGCGUUUCUCUCUCCCUCUUUCCUUUGACCAAAACCCUAAAACAAACUCAUCACGCGAAGCACUGCUGUGACUCGUCGCAAACUACCAAGACUAAUGGAAAAAGGAAUGAGCCCAACCUCUCAAUUUGUCCAACCCAAGGAUGAGGAGUACAAGUUGGAGGAAUCGGGGAAAAGAAGGAAAAUACUUAAGGAUGAUGAGCACAUGGUGGUGGAGGAUCGUAUCAGUAAGUUGCCCGAUCAGGUUAUUGUUAGCAUAGUGUCACUUUUGCCGCUAAAGGAAGCAGCAGCUACCAGUCUCCUUUCUAGGAGAUGGCGGUAUUUCUGGUCAUCUACUAUGACUCUCAAUUUAGAGGCUGUUAAUUUUGAAGACCGUAAGACCUUAAGCUACUUCUAUCAACUUGACGAUGAUAUACGAGAACAAAAAGGCCAUGAAUACGUCAAUUGGGUGAAUCACGUGUUGGAGCAGCAUAGAGGCCAAAGCAUUGAACGAUUCCGGGUUAUCUUUUUUCUAGAUAACGACUUUACAAGUUCCAUUGAUAAAUGGGUUCAAUUUGCAAUGGAAAAGAGAGUUCAAGUACUUGAGUUGGACUUAUUGACAGCUUGGGGGGGUUUCAACGACGAUGACUAUACAUUUCCCUACAAACUAUUGGGUCUGGAAAAGGGAUCUGCUUCGACUCACCAGUUUUCUGUCAUUCCAAGUCUAAGCUCCGGUGGAUAUUACAAUAAUAUUGGUUUCAAGUCCCUCAAAGUUAUUCGUUUUCAACAUGUUGGUGUGACCGGGGAGCUUGUUGAGUUCUUCUUGUCCAACUGUCCACUUCUUGAGCGAUUGUCUCUAACUUUUGCCAAAGAUUUAGUUAAUUUAAGAGUUGUCGGUCCCUCUAUUGCAUUGAAAUAUUUGGAGAUAAAAUAUUGUCAACGACUCAGAAACAUUGAGAUAUGUGAUGCAAACAUUGUUUCAUUUAUUUAUUGUGGAGGGUUGAUAUCUUUGCAUCUCAAGAAUGUACCACUGCUUGUUGAUGUAACCUAUUACAAGUGGAACAUUUAUGCUGAAUUCACAAGGCUUGUGUUCAACCAACUUUCACCCUGUCUUUCUCAUAUAGAGAUUCUGAAGCUAGAUAUCAGAGGAGCGGUCUACAAUCAAAAUCAUGUACUUCCCAUACUAGCAAAUCUAAAGCAUUUGCAAUUAUUAGUUGAUGCAGACAACUGUUGGUCCCUUGCUCGCUUAGCUUCUUUUAUGAAGGCAGCCCCUUACAUGCAGAGACUUGUUUUGGGGUUGGGUUUCGGAAUAUCCAGUGUGGAGUCAGCAAAAAUAGAGAAAGCUGCCAAAUGCGCCCAUUACUACCUCAAGGAAGUAGAAAUAUCAGGGUAUCGUGGUCACAAAUGUUGUGUUAAACAUGUCAUGUACUUGAAAAAGAAUGCUCUUGCAUUGGAGAAGAUAGUUAUAAAUCUUGUCCGGUUUUGGUGUGCGCCUACUGGAUACGAGUGCAAUGUCCUAGCAGUUAAUGAGGAAGAGAAUGCAAGAGAUCAUGCUACCCAAUACCUUAAACAAAAAAUGCCUUCUACCAUAGAAUAUGUAUGCCUCUAGUAUUAAGCUCAACUGCUUAUCUUAGUAAUAUAUCUAGUGUUUUUAUUGAUAUCAACUAUUAGACUUUGAUAUAUCUAUGUUUACU